CUAAAUAUUCUCACUUUUCUGUGCCUGUAAACAAUGGCAUUUAAUGACAUACCCAUCGACAUUUUAAAAAGGAAAAUAGAUGAAGUUAUGCGCUUUCUAUCCAUAUCAUUAAGUAUAUCAAAUGCGCACACGGUGGACUUCUACACACGUGAUGUUUGGAGCGCGUUCAUGCGCGUGAGUCCAGAGGAAGUGUUGCACGCGCUCAGUUCAUCACAAGACCGCACGGAGGCGAUAGAAGAGAAACAAAACGCCACCUUUGGUUUCUGCAAUGCCUCAAGUAAGUUGGUGGACGUAUCAGCCCUGCUGAGGGCAGCAAAAUCCCAUUGUUUACCAGGUCUAGGGGUCUGUACGCAGAUGGAAGAUCUGAUGCAGAAUCUGAGAUUGAUGACUGGAGGCACUAUAGCAGGAGAGACAUCAAACGGAGUUAUUGCACCGGAUGAGUUUAUGAACUGCAAGAAGGCCCAUGAGGUGCGGGCAAUGUCUGAGGUUGUGGCUUUUUUGGCCAAAUGCUGCAGAGUCAAACAGGUGAUAGACGUGGGUUCAGGGAAAGGUUACCUGUGCUCCUUUCUUUCCAUGCGGUUUAACCUGCAGGUGUUCGGGAUCGACUCUUCCAGCACCAACACGCAUGGAGCUCAGGAGAGGAACAGGAAACUGAAGAAGUUCUCCAAAGCCUAUCAGAAACCGAACAGCGGCGCUAGGCGGCUGCCUUCAGACAGUGAGGAUGAGAGGAAACAACAAAGCAGAAACUUUGAAUACACUGAUGGCUACAAAAACUCUGUUACUAAGGAAAGGGAAAGCUUCGAGGCUUCCGUGGAAACCAGUGCUUUAUCAAAACAAAUCACCAAUGAUUUAUCCCCUUCAGAUAAUGCAGCAGAUUGUUCAUUAGGCCCAAAUGAUUCAGACUCAGGAAGCAGCUUCCUCAGUAUGCUGUCUCUGGACGUCAUAGAGGACGUCUCUCCGCGUGUCCACCCCAGCCAGCUGAGUCUGGAGGAAAGGGAGAAGAGGAAGAGAGAGAAUCUGGAGAGGAAAGCUCGAGAAGGGAGGGGGAACAGCAGGGACGACAGCCUGUUUUCCCCUCUGACCUCAUAUGUCACUGCAGAAACUGAGCUCAAGACGCUGAUCACAGAGCUGGAGGAUGCAGUUCUGGUCGGUCUGCAUACGUGUGGAGAUUUGGCCUCCAGCACUCUGAGGAUGUUCAGAGCCAAACAGGAGCUGCGCGCCGUUUGCAGUGUGGGCUGCUGCUACCACCUGCUCUCUGAAGAGUUUGAUCAGGACAGACGGGGGUGUGUGCACACUGCGUUCGGUUUCCCUAUGAGUCAGUAUCUGAAGGCUCAGGCGUGUUUCUGUGGUCGAAACGCCAGGAUGUCAGCUUGUCUCGCUCUGGAGAGAGUGUCUGCUGGAGGAGGGCUGCCUAUGGAGUCACUUUUUUAUCGGGCAGUUCUUCAUGUUAUUUUACGGGAUCACUACGAUUGCUUUAAAAGUGAGAAACGUGUUGGGAACGUGUACUCCAAAUCUUCAUCGUUUGUGGACUAUGUCAGACGAGCACUUAGAAAGCUGGACCUGGAUGACACCAAACUAUCUGACGGUGACAUUCAGAGCUAUCAUGAACACUACACUCCCAGAAUGAAUGAGAUGGUGGCUUUUAACAUGUUAAAAGUCAUUUUGGCUCCGUGUAUAGAAGGUCUCAUCCUCCUCGACCGGCUUUGCUACUUGAAAGAGCAGGACAACGUGUCUCAUGCUGCGCUGGUCCAGCUCUUCGACCCUCUCCAGUCCCCUAGAUGUUAUGCUGUUGUUGGUAUAAAGGAAUCUACAGUUUGAAGACCAAAACCAUAGCCCUGCUGCUUAUUGUAAUUUAUUGAUUUAUUUUUUCAGAUUAUAAUUUAGUUUUUAAAGUCCAAUUCCAAUUUCUCGAAAUGCUUUUUUUAUGUAUGUAAUUAUAUUUUUCAGAAAAAUGAUGUAAAGCAUAAAUGAAAAGCAGUUGUUCAUUCCAGCUGCUCCAAAAGACCUGGCAGUAUUAGUCUCCAGAUCGGUUCAGUUAUGAUGCAUAACGGUUCGGUCUGCAGCUUAAAGCGGAAAGCUAUAGUGAUCAAUGUGAUGCAGAGCGUUGCUUUUAGUGUUCAUUAGUCUGACUGGUUUAUAAAUCAGCCUUAGCCUUACUGAGCCACACGAGGACAUCAGUCACACUUGAGACGUCUUGUGCUUCCACUUAUUUAACACACCAUUAAUAUUAAUCAGACAUUGAGCUCUUCAUUAUUUUCAGGCCAUUCCCCACAGACCAUUUUUCUCCUGUCUUAUGUUUUAGUUAAUAUUCAUAAAUGAAACACCUCGAGGUAACUUUUGUCUUAACUUGAUUGAUUCUUCAGCGUAUUUUUCCUUGAUUAAAACCCCUUUAAGAACUCAAAGCA